AUGGACUGGGACUUGCACGAGGAUGCCAUCGGCUUGGACCGCUUCAAACCAUGGGACAGGCUCAAGGCCAAAGCAAGGGAGCCAUCGGAGGACUCAUCCGUCGCGACGCCUCUGCCCCUUGCUGUGGACGAGCUGGAUCUUCGACACAAGAAAGGCCCACGCCCGGGCACGGGCCCAGCGGGCCGGGCCGGGGCCGUACAAGAGGUGCCCGCCGGCGGGCCACAUGGGCCAGCUCCCGCGGAUCGGACGCUUCGAAGCUUGGUCCGGGAAGCUUGCGUGUCCUUGCGGCGACCGGUGAGUGAGGCAGACAAGCUCGUGGCACGCUUGCAUCGAGAAUGGUUAGAGACCCCCAAGCAGCUCCUUACCCUGGGCUCGGAGGGCUGGGCGCGCUUGGCCCUGCCCGUCGGCUUGGAGUCCGAGCUGCAGAGGCGCCUUGGCCUAAGCCGGGAGCGUUUGGCCCCUGGGGACAAAGAUGCCCCGAAGUCCGCGAAGCAAACACCCACGGCCAUAAAGGAACGCCCGGGCUCAGAUCUGCUACUCGCUCUGCGUCGCCAUUGCGGCGAUGCUUGGGCCUCGCACUUGCUUUCCGCCUUGGGCCUCCAGCACCGGGAGACGGUGGAUGCCAACUGCCUCCAAUCGGCACUGCGAGUGCUCGGCGUGCCGAGCUUCAGCACUGCGCAGGUUGCCUCGGCCGUUCGAAGGGCUGCCAAAGGGGCAGAAGCCCGUGGACCUCCUUCAGCAGACGCCGUGGUCGCUGCAAUCCAUGGGCCGUUGCGGGGGCCGCGGGCGCAGGAGGUCUCAAACAUCUUCUUCGACCUCGGAGGAGACAUCCGUGGAACCCUCGCGGUCCAGGCGCUGCGCAGGCGCCUUGCUGCGCGUGAGCUGCCCGCUGUCAAGGCUGGACAUGUCUCCGCCGAUGAGGCAUUUCGCGAAUUCCUGCGGCGCUGGGGCUCCAAGAAGGAUGUGGAUCAAGAGAGCUUCUCGUCUGCUCACGUGGUGCUUUCGGCCCUCUAUCGUGGAGACGAAGCCGGUUUUGGGCGACUGCUGAGGAGGAUCUGGCGCCUCCCUCAGGCACCGGAGCAGGAGGUGGAGCCGGCAAAGCCGCCCAGGUCCCAGCCCACCAGGCAACUGCAGGUGCCGGAGGACCCCUUGCCAAAAUACCAGCCAUCAUCACGAAGACGCGUGCCCGACCGCAUGGCAGCCAUCACGGAGUCCAUCCGCUGCUCAGAAGGGAACUCCGGGAUGGUGGCUGUCAGAGGCCGAAACAUCCUGUUUGGCUUCGUUCUGGUCGUCGGAGCCAAUGCAUUGAAGCUGCAAGCACACGGAAGUCCAGGCGCCAGCUCUGCUGGCAAGGGAGCGACCAUCUCCUUGCUGUCUCAGCCGCAGUCAAACAGAACCAAGUCGCCAGCAAACGCCAGCAUCUCCAGUGGGGGUGAGGCGAAGCGCCUCCAAGUUGCCGGUGAGGGCCGGCCCGAGCGGGCCGAGCCCGGGAAGAAGGGCCAACACCCCACAAACGGAACGCAGAACGCCGCAAGCCGGGAAGGAGGAAGCUUCGGCUUCGAUGUCUCCAAGAUGUCAGUGUCCGAGUUCUGGGAGCCGUACAUGUGGGUUGUGGCAGCCAUUGUCGCCGUCUUCGCGGUGAGCUUUGAGCUGUGCCAUCGCCGGCUGGCGGAUGUGGACCUGACCGCAACGCCCGAUUGCGGAGCCGAGCAUCACGAGCACCAGAUGCUGCACUUGUUCAACGGGAUUUUGCCUCUUGUAAGGCCAUUCUACUUCGGCCACGAACGGCGGACAGCCUGGACCUACUUGGCAGCUAUCUCCGUGUUGGGUGUGAUUGACCUGAUACUGGGACUCGUCAUUAUGGUUUGGUCCAAAGAAUUCUGGGACACCAUUGAAAAGAAGAACAUCUCGCGCUUCUUCCCGCUGAUUCUGGAUCUCUGCCUCUUGGCUUUCUCCAAAAUUAUUCUUUCCACCUACGGCCAGUACAUCGGCUUGAUGCUUUCCAUUCGCUGGCGACGCUCCAUGACGCAAUGGUUGCUGACGCAGUGGUUGAAGGAUAAGUGCUUUUACGCGAUGCAGCUGGAUGGCAAAGGUGACGUUCCAGACAACCCGGAUCAGCGAAUCCAGGAGGACGUGCGGCUCUUUGUGGAGCAGACGAUGUCGCUGGGCACAGGCUUCGUUACCGCCGCCACGCAUCUCUUGUCUAGGUUGCCCAUGCUUCUUUUGCUUUCGCCAAGCUAUGCAUUCGGAUGGUUCUACUGCCCCGGCUGGCUGCUUUACGUAACACUUCUCUAUUCUGGAGUGGGAGCAGUCGUGGCCCACUUUGUGGGGCAAAAGCUCAUCAUGAUCAACUUCGGCCUGCAGAAGUACGAGGCCGGCUUUCGAUACGACAUCGUGCAGAUCCGCGAUAACGCUGAGAGCAUUGCUCUCUACGGUUCGGAACCGUGCGAGGAGGAUCGACUACAAGCAAAGUUCGCGUGGAUCGAACGAGUGUGGUGGAUGAUGAUGUGCUACACGAAGCGCCUGGGCUUCUUUGUGUCGUUUUACUACCAAACCUCCAGCAUCUUUCCCUACCUGGUUCUGGCUCCGAACUAUUUUCGGGGUCAAAUCACGCUGGGAACCAUGUUCAUGCUCUUCGACGUGCUGUGGGCUGUGAAGGCCGGCUUUGAUUGGUUCCUGGGGAGUUACUCCGAGCUGACAGGCUAUCGAGCGACCGUGGAUCGGCUGUCGAACUUCACCCAGGCUAUGGAAAAAAGAGGUAAUGCCAAGUGCAAAGUCAAGCGGCUGCUGGCUGGAGACAACGACGCUGCUGUUGUAAGCGGCCUGAACGUCCAGCUUCCGGCCAAAGUCGAUCAGCGCCAAUUGUGGAAAGAUGCCAAUCUGGAAGUCAAGCCAGGCCAGUUCGUGCUGCUGUCGGCACCAGAGGGAACUGGCAAGAGCUGCUUCUUCCGCGCGAUGGCAGGAAUUUGGCCUCAUGCAAGCGGGGAGGUGUAUCUCCCGGCGAAGACCCUCUUCCUGCCACAGAAGUCCUACAUUCCACAGGGCACGCUGAAGCAGGCUGUAGCCUACCCCUCUUGUUCCACCGAGUUCACCGAUGCAGAGGUGCAGGCCGUCCUGGAGGCCGUGCGGCUCACAACCUUGGAAGGUCGUCAGCUCCAUGACGAAGCCAACUGGGCAAUGCUGCUCUCGGGCGGUGAGCAGCAGCGAUUGGCCAUUGCUCGCGUCUUGCUACGCAAGCCGGAGGCCCUGUUCCUAGAUGAGGCGACGAGUGCCUUGGGGGCUGAGGGCGCUCUGGAGGUCUUCCAGCUGCUUCGGCAGUCGCCUAUCUGCGCAGUCGUGGUGACGGUGAGUCGAGAGCUUGGCAGAAUAGCGGCGCGUCGAUCUUUUGGCUUUGGUGCCAGUGCCUUGCUGGACCGGAUUCGUGGCGCACUGCGGUCCCGAGGACCCGGAGCCGUGCAGCUGCUCUGCCAGAGGUUCCAAGUGGCGGAGCAAGGGCAGCGUGCCAUCCGAGCCAAGGAGCUGCGACAAGGACUCAGCCAGGUCGGGGUCGGGGCAAGCGAAGAAGACGUUGUCGAGCUGCUCCGCAGCAUGGACGUCGAUGGGCACGGUACGGUUGACCUGGAUGACUGGCUGCGUGUUCUUCGGGGACCACUCAGCCCAGCUCGCGCUGGUGUGGUGCGUGAGGCGUUGGUUGAAGACUACCACGAUUUGAUCUUCAGACAGUUUGGCUCAAAGCAAACUAGUUCGCUUAUGACGGGUCAUGAGGAUGCCCUCUCUCACUCUCUGCCAACAGCCUUUGCGAUGACGUCAAGCGAAGGCAAAGAGGGAACCACCAAGGGCUUCAAGCUCGUUGUCGAAGCGAAGAAGUUCGAUGAUGGCUCUGGUUCAGAUUCUGAAAGUAGCAGUGGAGCCAGUGCUAAAUCCGGCAGUAGCUUGUUAUCAAGGAGAUCCCAGUCCAGCAUGUAUAAGUCCGGGCUCAGCAUCUCCGCGAAAGACAAAGUGGGAGAUACUCGCAGCUAUCGUGAGUUGCUGGAAAGCAAGGGUUACAAGAUCAGAGGCGUCAUCGGUCGCGGCCAGAACAGCGGCUUUUUGGUUCAUUCCGCCAUUCGGGAAGACCAGGAAUAUGCAGUGAAGGUUUCCAUUGAGACGGGCCAGGAAGGCACGAAUGGAGAUGCUAUCCGCAAGGAAUUCCAAUUUUUGAAGGGACUUCAGCACGAGAGAAUUGUCAAGGCAUACGCUCUCGAAGAUGAACUCGACGAAGGUGUCAAGGGAGUUGCCAUGAUCUUGGAGCUAUGUCACGGUAGCACGCUGAAUCGGUGGCUGCCCUGGCACGACAAGAGUACCACAGCUCUGGACGUGGCCUGCCGACGGCAGUGUUUGACACAGAUAGCCUCUGCAAUUGCUUACCUGCAUUCAGUUGGGAUCGCCCACCGUGACCUCCAUUCGAAGAAUGUGGUCAUGCACGUCAGUCAGAUCAACGGUAGAUACGAAAGCGAGUCAGUGCAAGUGAAGGUCAUCGACUUAGGCUGUGCCCGAGCAAUUGAUAGCGAAGAGGCAAUGGAAGCUGACAUCAAUGUCAACAUCCUUCCCGUCGGAGCGACGCGGCCUUGCGACAUCUUCGCUUUGGGCCUCCUCGGUGCAUCUCUGGUUGCUGGCAAGGAAGUGUCAAGCUGGACGGUAGUUCCGACCGGAUCUCCGUCAGAAGAAUCAGCUCGCAAGCUUCGUCUGCCACCAUCUGGACGGAAGGAUACCGACAUGACGCCCACAUUGAAGGAGUUCCUGCUCGUUUUGCUCGAAACAGAUCACAGUCGAAGACUCGCAGCUUCUGAGGUUGUGUACAGGAUGCCCAAGGAGUCUGAGUGGCUUGAAAUCACAACAAAAAAGAUUUCGCUGUGA